AAUCUCUGCUAUUGUUAAGAAAAUACGCCCUGCCAGUGCAAACGUAGCCUAUUUUCACAACUUUACUGUAUUUUUCAACAGUGGUUAGACUAUGUAUAUUUUCUACAACGGGUAGUUUUUUAAAAAACGAUGAUUUCGUGAGUUAAAAAUCUUAGAUUGGCCAGGAAAAGCCACUUAACCUUACAUUAUGCAUAUUUCGUGACAUCACUCACUGUUAAAGAAAUCGUUCGAAUCCAACCAAGCGAGCGCAAGACUCAGCUUGGCUAAUUAUUCAAAAUGCCGGUGGUUUUCUUUAAUUUCAUUCACCUAUUCUUCUCGGUUGUCCCAACUUACAAUUUAGCCUAGGUAAAAUGCUAUCUUAAUUCGGAGCCUCUAAACGGCAUCUUCUGUGUCACAUGCGCUGAUGGUCCUAUUGUGGCGCCGGAGCUGCUGAGGGAGGCUGGAUUCGAAACAAUAGACCGAAACACGGCGCUGUUCAUUGUAGGGGGCACCAGAAGACGUAGAGCCAGGACUGGAGAACGGAACGGCCACGACCAAGAACUCAAGAACAUGGAGAUGCCCAUGCACUGAUCUUUUUUCAGCUUCAACACUAUUCACUGGAUAUAUUUCUUUUUACUGAUUAGUUCUCAACCUCAAGGAGAAAAAGAUGAAUUCCGCAGAAGCUGCCGAGGAGGGACCGAAUGACUCUGAUACGGAUGCAUUCUUCAAAACAGGGUCUUUCAGGAGCGACGGGAUUAAGGCGUCUGAUGUGCUGCCUGUGCUGAAGGAGAAAGUGGCCUUCGUGUCAGGGGGUCGGGACAAGAGAGGAGGCCCCAUUUUGACGUUCCCCGCCAGAAGCAACCACGACAGAAUAAAGCACGAGGAGCUGCGCAGGCUGGUGACCUACCUGUCCACUGUGCCCAGUGAGGAUGUGUGCAAGCGCGGCUUCACUGUGAUUAUUGACAUGCGCGGUUCCAAGUGGGACCUGAUCAAGCCACUGCUGAAGACCCUACAGGAAGCCUUCCCCGCCGAAAUCUGCGUCGCCCUCAUCAUUAAGCCCGACAACUUCUGGCAGAAGCAGAAGACCAACUUUGGCAGUGCCAAGUUUACCUUUGAGACUAGCAUGGUGUCAGUGGAAGGGCUGACUAAGCUAGUGGACCCGUCUCAGCUGACGGACGACUUUGAGGGCUCGCUGGAAUACAACCACGAGGAGUGGAUGGAGCUGCGCAUGUCACUGGAGGAGUUUAUGGGGAGCGCCGUGCACCUCCUGUCCCGCCUGGAGGACCUACAGGAGCUGCUGGCCAAGAAGGAGUUCCCGGUGGACGUGGAGGGCUCCCGGCGCCUCAUCGAUGAACACACGCAGCUGAAGAAGAAGGUGAUGAAGGCGCCCGUGGACGAGCUGGACCGCGAGGGCCAGCGGCUGCUGCAGUGCAUCCGCGCUAGCGACGGCUUCUCGGGCCGCAACUGCAUCUCGGGCAGCGCCGACUUCCAGAGCGUGGUGCCCAAGAUCGCCAGCCUGCUGGACAAGCUGCACUCCACACGCCAGCAUCUGCACCAGAUGUGGCACGUGCGCAAGCUCAAGCUGGACCAGUGCUUCCAGCUGCGGCUCUUCGAGCAGGAUGCCGAGAAGAUGUUUGACUGGAUCAGUCACAACAAGGAGCUGUUCCUCCAGAGCCACACCGAGAUUGGUGUGAGCUACCAGCACGCCGUAGACCUGCAGACCCAACACAAUCACUUCGCCAUGAACUCCAUGAAUGCCUAUGUCAACAUAAACCGCAUCAUGUCGGUGGCCUCGCGUCUGUCGGAGGCUGGCCACUACGCCUCGCAGCAGAUCAAGCAGAUCUCGGCCCAGCUGGACCAGGAGUGGAAGAGCUUCGCCGCAGCGCUGGACGAGCGGAGCACCAUAUUGGCCAUGUCCGCCGUGUUCCACCAAAAAUCAGAACAGUUCCUGUCCGGCGUGGAGGCCUGGUGCAAGAUAUGCAGUGAGGGAGGCCUGCCGUCGGGCAUGCAGGACCUGGAGCUGGCCAUCCACCACCACCAGACGCUCUACGAGCAGGUGACCCAAGCCUACACUGAGGUCAGUCAGGACGGGAAGGCUUUGCUGGACGUCCUCCAGCGACCUCUGAGUCCCGGUGACGCGGAGUCCCUGACGGCCACGGCAAACUACUCCAAGGCGGUGCACUGCAUCCUGGACGUGGUGCACGAGGUGCUGCACCACCAGCGGCGGCUGGAGAGCCUCUGGCAGCACAGGAAGGUGCGGCUGCACCAGCGCCUGCAGCUCUGCGUCUUCCAGCAGGACGUCCAGCAGGUGUUGGACUGGAUUGAGAACCAUGGCGAGGCCUUCCUCAGUAAACAUACCGGUGUGGGCAAGUCUCUCCAUCGUGCCCGAGCACUGCAGAAACGCCAUGACGACUUUGAGGAGGUGGCCCAGAACACCUACACCAACGCGGACAAGCUGCUGGAGGCGGCGGAGCAGCUGGCGCAGACCGGUGAAUGUGACCCGGAGGAGAUCUACAAGGCGGCGCGGCACCUGGAGGUGCGAAUCCAAGACUUUGUCAGGAGAGUGGAGCAGAGGAAGCUGCUGCUCGACAUGUCCGUCUCCUUUCACACCCACACUAAAGAGCUGUGGACGUGGAUGGAGGACCUGCAGAAGGAGCUGCUGGAGGAGGUGUGCUCCGACUCAGUGGACUCGGUGCAGGAGCUCAUCAAGCAGUUCCAGCAGCAGCAGACGGCCACACUGGAGGCCACGCUCAACGUCAUCAAGGAAGGGGAGGACCUCAUCCAGCAGCUCAGGGACUCGGCCAUGACCAGUAACAAGAUGCCCCACAACAGCUCCAUCGCCCACAUCGAGAGCGUGCUGCAGCAGCUGGACGAGGCUCAGGGCCAGAUGGAGGAGCUGUUCCACGAACGCAAGAUCAAACUGGACAUCUUCCUCCAGCUACGCAUCUUUGAGCAGUACACCAUCGAGGUGACGGCGGAGCUGGACGCGUGGAACGAGGACCUGCUGCGGCAGGCCAGUGACCUGGGCACGGAGGAGCUGGGCCAGGUGGAGCAGCGGCUGCAGCGGCACGCCGAGCGCAAGCUGGCCAUGAACAACAUGACCUUCGAGGUCAUGCAGCAGGGCCAGGACCUGCACCAGUACAUCAUGGAGGUGCAGGCCUCAGGCAUCGAGCUGACUGGGGAGAAGGAGAUGGACCUGGCCACGCAGGUGCAGGAACUGCUGGAGUUCCUGCACGAGAAGCAGCACGAGCUGGACGUGAGCGCUGACCAGACCCAGAAGAGGCUGGAGCAGAUGCUGCAACUGCGCCACCUACAGGCCGAGGUCAAGCAGGUCCUGAGCUGGAUCCGUAAUGGCGAGUCGAUGCUGAAUGCGAGCGUGGUGAACGCCAGCUCUCUGUCCGAGGCUGAGCAACUGCAGAGGGAACAUGAACAGUUCCAGCUGGCCAUCGAGUCGCUGUUCCACGCCAACUCGCUGCAGAAGACGCACCAGAGUGCACUGCAGGUGCAGCAGAAAGCCGAGCUGAUGCUACAGGCGGGGCACUAUGACCCUGACGCCAUCCGCGGCUGCGCCGAGAAGGUGGCCGUGCACUGGCAGCAGCUCAUGCUGAAGAUGGAAGACCGGCUCAAGCUAGUCAACGCCUCCGUAGCCUUCUACAAGACCUCCGAGCAGGUGUGCAGUGUGCUGGAGAGUCUGGAGCAGGAGUACCGGCGCGACGAGGACUGGUGCGGCGGCCACGACAAGCUGGGUCCUCUGGCAGAGACGGACCACGUCCUGCCCCUCAUCAGCAAGCACCUGGAGCAGAAGGAGGCCUUCCUCAAGGCCUGUACGUUGGCCAGGAGAAACGCCGAGGUCUUCCUCAAGUACAUCCACAGGAACAACGUCAGCAUGCCAGGGCCCGCCAGUCACGGCCGCGGACCCGAGCAGCAGGUCAAAGCCAUCCUGAACGAACUGCUUCAGAGGGAGAACCGUGUCCUCCACUUCUGGACGCUUAAGAAGCGGCGCCUGGACCAGUGUCAGCAGUACGUGGUGUUUGAGCGCAGCACGAAGCAGGCUCUCGACUGGAUCCAGGAAACAGGCGAGUACUUCUUGUCCACCCACACCUCCCCCGGAGAGAAUGCGGAGAAGACGCAGGCGCUGCUUAAGGAAUAUGAGGAAUUCCGCGUCUCUGCCAAGCAAACCAAGGACAAGGUGAAGCUACUAAUCCAGCUGGCGGACAGCUUCGUGGAGAAGGGCCACGUGCACGUGACCGAGCUGAAGAAGUGGGUGACCACGGUGGACAAGCGCUACCGCGACUUCUCCCUCCGCGUCGGGAAGUACCGCUGCAGCCUGGAGGAGGCACUCGGCAUCAACGCAGAGGAUAACAAGGACUUGGAGUUGGACAUUAUCCCUGCCAGCCUGACGGACAAGGAGGAGGUCAAACUGCGCGACCCCAACCAUGAGGUCAACGAGGAAAAGAGGAAAUCUGCCCGCAAGAAAGAGUUCAUUAUGGCGGAGCUGCUUCAAACGGAAAAGGCCUACGUCAGGGAUUUGCACGAAUGUUUAGAAACGUACCACUGGGAGAUGACGAGUGGAGUGGAGGAGACCCCACCAGGAAUCGUCAACAAGGAGCACAUCAUCUUUGGGAAUAUUCAGGAAAUCUAUGAUUUCCAUAACAACGUUUUCCUUAAAGAGCUGGUGAACUACGAGCAGCUGCCGGAGGACGUGGGCCAUUGUUUUGUCACAUGGGCUGACAAAUUCAAUAUGUAUGUCAGUUACUGUAAAAAUAAACCAGACUCAAGUCAACUCAUCCUGGAACAUGCUGGAAGCUUUUUUGACGAGAUCCAGCAGAGGCACGGAUUGGCCAACUCCAUCUCCUCCUACCUUAUCAAGCCCGUGCAGCGGAUCACAAAGUACCAGCUCCUCCUGAAGGAGCUGCUCUCCUGUUGUGAGGAGGGUAAGGGUGAGAUUAAGGAUGGUCUGGAGGUGAUGUUGAGCGUUCCAAAGAGGGCUAACGAUGCCAUGCAUGUCAGCAUGCUGGAAGGUUUCGAUGAGAACCUGGACGUCCAAGGCGAGCUCAUCCUUCAGGACACCUUCCAGGUGUGGGACCCCAAGUCGCUGAUCCGCAAGGGCCGCGAUCGCCACCUCUUUCUCUUCGAGAUCUCCCUGGUGUUCAGCAAGGAGAUCAAGGACUCGGCGGGGCGCACCAAGUACCUCUACAAGAACAAACUGCUGACCUCUGAGCUGGGUGUGACGGAGCACAUUGAGGGGGACCCCUGCAAGUUUGCCCUGUGGGCUGGACGAACUCCGUCGUCCGACAACAAGACCGUCCUCAAGGCGUCCAGCAUCGAGGCCAAGCAGGAGUGGAUCAAGAACAUUCGGGAGGUGAUCCAGGAGAGGACGGUUCACCUGAAGGGGGCGCUCAAGGAGCCCCUCCACAUGCCCAAGACGCCUGCCAAGCCCCGCAACAACAGCAAGAGGGACGGAGGAGAUGAUGACAGCCAGGGUGAUGGCAGCAGUCAGCCGGACACCAUUUCCAUCGCCUCCAGGACCUCACAGAACACUAUGGACAGCGACAAGCUGUCUGGAGGCUGCGAGCUGACCGUGGUCCUGCAGGACUUUGCAGCAGGCUGCACGAGCGAGCUGAGCAUCCAGACGGGCCAGACGGUGGAGUUGCUGGAGCGACCGAGCGACCGGCCGGGCUGGUGCCUGGUGCGCACCACUGACCGCACCCCCCCGCAGGAGGGCUUGGUGCCCAGCAGCGUUCUGUGCAUCUCCCACUCACGUAGCAGCGUUGAGAUGGAGUGCUUCUUCCCCGCUGGCAAAGAGAACUACACCGUGUCUGAGUCUGGAGGGAAGACCGAGUCGGUGGCCACGCUCCAGCCGCAGCCGUCGCUCAGCUCCAUCCAGACCAGCUCACCGGGGCCCAAGCGCUCGGGCAACACGCUGAAGAAGUGGCUGACCAGCCCCGUGCGCCGCCUCAGCCAUGGCAGCAACGUCAAGAAGAUGCCCAGCCGACCCCGAGGGGGGAAGAAGAGGGAAGGCCGCAAGAGCAUGGACCUGGGGCCGCCGGAGAUGCAGGACGAGGAGGUGAGCAGGGCCAGAACUGAUGGCAUGUCCAGGGUGAGAAAAGAGGAGCUCCCCAAGCCUUCAGGCAUGCAGAGCGGAGGAGAGGAGGAGCCUGAGGAUGACUCCCACACACCCCUCCCCCCUCCCAUGGAGAUCAUCAAAGACCUCGCCCAGGAGGAUAAGUCCUCCGCACGGCUUGCCGCGCGCCAGGGCUCCACCGAGAUCCCCAGCGCCUCCGAGCUUGUCAGUGCUAUAGAGAAAUUGGUCAAAACCAAGAUGACUCUGGAGCCAGGCGCCUACCCAGGGUUCAGCACGAUGAGCCCCCCUGAGCAGCCCACCCCGACUCAGCCACGCGACCCUGAGCUGGAGCAGAAGGCCAAAGCCAUGCGGGGCCGCAUGUUUGUUCUAAAUGAGCUAAUACAGACAGAGAAGGACUAUGUCAAAGACUUGGGCAUCGUAGUUGAGUGCUUCAUGAAGACAAUAGAGGAGAAGGGCAUCCCUGAAGAUAUGAAGGGGAAAGACAAGAUUGUAUUUGGGAAUAUUCAUCAAAUUUACGACUGGCACAGAGACUUUUUUGUGGGUGAACUGGAGAAAUGUCUGGAGGACCAUGAACACUUACCUGAGCUGUUCAUCAAACAUGAAAGGAGACUACAUAUGUAUGUUGUCUACUGUCAGAACAAACCCAAGUCAGAAUUCAUUGUUGCUGAAUAUGACACUUUCUUUGAGGCUAUACAGCAAGACAUCACCUCAAGACUCUCAAUCAGUGAUUUUCUGAUCAAGCCUAUCCAGAGAAUCACAAAAUAUCAACUGCUUCUCAAGGACUUCUUGAAGUACAGCACCAAGGCAGGACUGGACUGUGAACAUAUUGAGAAAGCUGUUGAUUUGAUGUCUCAAGUACCGAAGCUCUGCAAUGAUAUGAUGAACUUGGGCAGGCUUCAAGGCUACGAGGGGAAGUUGACGAGCCAGGGCAAGCUACUGCAGCAGGAGACGUUCUUCGUGACCGAGCAAGACUCGGGUGUCCUGUCGCGCAGUAAGGAGCGUAGGGUCUUCCUCUUCGAGCAGAUAGUCAUCUUCAGCGAGCUUCUCCGCAAAGGCUCGUCCACCCCCGGGUACCAGUUCAAGAAGAGCAUCAAGGUGUGCUUCUUGGGACUGGAGGAGCAUGUUGACAAUGACCCCUGUAAGUUUGUGCUGACCAGUCGUGGGUCGUCAGAGCGCUUCACACUGCAGGCUGCCAACGUAGACAUCAAGCAGGUCUGGGUCAAGCACAUCACAGACCUCCUAGAUGCCCAGAGCAAAUUUCUAUCUGCACUCCAGUCCCCGAUCGAGUACCAGAAGGAGAAAGGUGGGUCUCACUCCCUAACCAGAAACUCGUCAGCCAGCCGUCCGUCCCAGCAGCCCGGCCGACCCAGCUCCACCACCUCGGUUGGGGUGGAGAAGCCCCCUCUCUCGGGAAGGACCCCCACUUCUCUCAAAAUGUCUACCUCCAACGGCAGCCCCUGCUUCGACCCGCAGAAACACAGUGAGCGGUUUGAUUCCACUCGGCAACACGACGGCGUCCGAUGUAACGGCGUCUCCUCCACCAUGAUGGUCAUGCAGGACUACAGUGCACUGAAGGAGAACGAGAUCUGCGUGAGCCAGGGCGAGGCGGUCCAGGUGCUGGCCACCAACCAGCAGAACAUGUACCUGGUGUUCCGGGCGGCCAACAGCCAGUCGCCCGCCGCUGAGGGCUGGCUGCCCGGCCACAUCCUGGGCCCCCUCAGUAAAACACUCCUAGACAGUGCUGAUGGGAAUAUCAAGAAGUCUCUGUCAUGGAAUACCCUGCGCACAAGAAAGAGGGCAGAGCAGGAUAGCAGUGGUGGCAAAAGUGAAGCCAAACUUGAGAACGGACUUCCUCGGAAGCCCAAGGAGAUACUGAGCACCAAGGUGGCGGUGGCAGAGGCAAACAGUUCAGAGGAGUCAGAUUGUGAUGACGAGCUAGACCCCAAAACUAGCAUGGAGCUAUUGAACCCCAACUUUAUUCAAGAAGUUGCUCCAGAGUUCCUGAUCCCUCUGGCCGAUGUGACGUGUGCAUUUGGGGAGACCGUGGUCUUAUGCUGCAAGGUCUGUGGGCGGCCGAAGCCAAAGAUCACUCUGAAGGGACCGGAUCAGAGUCUAAUAGUGAACAGCAGUCGAUUCACAAUAAACAUCAGGGAUACAGGUGACAUUCUGCUGAAGAUCUGUAACCUGUUGCCCCAAGACACAGGGAUUUACACCUGUGUGGCUGUCAAUGACCACGGCACCGCCUCAUCCUCUGCCUCAAUUAAAGUCCAGGGUAUCCCGUCAGCCCCUGCCCGGCCAGUGGCCCAAGAGGCGAGCAGCUCUGCAGUGAUUGUCCACUGGCUUCCUCCAGCCAGCUCGGGAAACUGCGCUGUGUCCAGUUACAACGUGGAGUACCGACAAGAGGACUCGCUGGUUUGGCUGCAGUCGGUAUCCACAUCAGAUGUGUGUGUGAAAAUUGAAGACCUGAUCCCCGGUGGGCACUACCAGUUUCGGGUUAGUGCCAGCAACCCGUGGGGGGUCAGUCCACCCAGUGAGCCAUCCAACAUGGUCACCCUUCCCAGUGGACCCUCUACAUAUGAUGGGAUGGGGAUUCAGUGGAAAGAUCAUUUUGAGUCAGCUUUCACUGAAAUAUCUGAAAUUGGGAGGGGCCGAUUCUCUGUGGUGAAGAAGUGCCUGAACAAGGCCACCAAGAAGGAUGUGGCUGUGAAGUGUGUCAAUAAGAAGAUGCAGAAGAAGGAGCAGGUGGCCCAUGAGGCGGACAUCCUCAAGCACGUCCAGCAUCCACAGCUGGUGGCCCUCACUGACACCUACGAGACCGCGACUGCAUAUGUUCUGGUCUUAGAACUCUUGGAGGAUGGGAGGCUUUUUGACUACCUAGUGGCUCAUGAUGAACUGAUGGAGGAGAAGGUGGCGUAUUUUGUGAAGGACACCUUAGAGGCCUUGCAGCAUCUGCACACCUGUAGAGUUGCUCACCUUGACCUAAAGCCUGAAAAUCUCCUGGUGGAUCUCCAUGUGCCAGUUCCCUGUGUGAAGCUCAUUGAUUUUGGAGACGCCAUUCAAGUCUCUGGUCACCGCUACGUACACCUCCUUCUUGGAAACCCCGAGUUCUCCGCCCCAGAGUUGAUUCAAGGCACGCCGGUGUCUCUGACCUCGGACGUGUGGAGCGUUGGCGUGCUGGCCUACGUCAUGCUGAGCGGAGUCUCCCCGUUCCUGGACGAGAGCCUGGAGGAGACCUGCGUGAACAUCUGCAAGCUGGACUUCUGCUUCCCCGAGGAGUACUUCUGCGGCGUCAGCCAGGCUGCCCGGGACUUCAUCACGUCCACACUCCAGCAGGACCCCCGCAAGCGGCCAACGGCCACGUUCUGCCUGCAGCACCCCUGGGUCAGUGCCCACAGCGGAGACUACUCCAAGACCCCGCUGGACACAGCUAGGCUGGCGUCCUUUAUAGACCGCCGCCGGCAACUGCACGAUGUGCGCCCGGUCACCAACAUCAAGGGUCUGGUGACGAGCAGCAUGGGCCAUACCCUAUGAGGAUGCCCACGCCUGAGGAGUGGUCAUACUCUGGUCUUUGUGGCAGUCAGAUGUGUUCUUCAUGUACUGAUUGUGUCCUCCAUGUGGGAUCAUGGUAGUGAUCACAACAUGCCCUGAAAUGCGACUUCUAUGGACUAAAAAACUCCAGUGCACUUAAAGAACCACAUAGGUUCACAUAAGGCCACAGAAACAAUUUCAACUGGUUUGUUACCAUUUGUUUUAAAUUUCACUCACUGUUAUCGAUUCCAAUUGAAGACAAAGACAAACAACAGAACAAAUGUACAAUAUCUGUAGAAUCUGUGGUCAAACUAUAAUAUGUGCAUCAGAAAGAAAUAUUUAGCACUUUGGACUUGAAUGAAAUAAAAUGUACAGUGCAUACAGUUUACCUGCUAUUUUCACAUUGGUCCACUUGCGAUAACAAUAAAAAUGUAACUAGUGUAACUGACUGGUUAGUGUAUACUAUAUUACUGUUCUGACUGUACUAACUACACCAUGCCAGAGGCUUAAUAUAGCCAAACACCAUCUUUUCAUUUGACUUCUGUUUCAAUAGUUUAUCAACGUUAUGACUCGGAACUGAACUAAACACUACAUCUGUUGUUGUAGUUAUUGUUCCUGUAUUCUUGCAACAGUAUUUAAAUGAGCAGUUUUGGAUGCAAUGAUUCUGCUAUUUUUUAGCUUUGCCUUUUAAAGGAUUCUUGUUGAUGGUUAUAUGUUUCUGUCUUCAAAACAAAUUAUAGUCUAGUGGGAACUGAUUACUUGUUCAACUACAUCAUGGCAACCAUUAUAGU